AUGGAUUCAGCGAACGGCAACACUUCGCUUACGAAUUACGUAUCUUACCAAGAUGUGCACACUGGACGCACCCGUAUCGGACACUACGACUUGAACAAGCAAACCAUUCAGCCUUUGUCCUUUCUUUCUGGAACCUACCCAGACAAUCUUUACCAAGUCAUCGAAGCUGGUGAGCUCAAUCUUGCCGCCGCAAAUGACCCGUUCCCCGCAGCAUCAACCAAGAUCAUGCCUCCCUUCACAGGUAGAGAUGUUCUUUGCGUAGGAAAGAACUACGCUGAACAUGCGAAGGAGUUUAACAGCUCGGGUUUUGAUAGCUCGGACAAGGUUGAUACGCCUUCUCAUCCUGUAAUCUUCACAAAACGUUUCACGUCGAUCAUCGCGGACGGAGAAGAUGUCUUUCCGCACCCAGACUUCACGCAGAUGAUCGACUAUGAGGGCGAGAUUGGUGUAGUUAUCGGCAGAGCGGGUUUCCGUAUCUCGGAAGCAGAUGCGAUGAGCCAUGUCUGGGGAUAUACGAUUGUGAACGACAUGACAGCGCGUGAGAGGCAGAGAGAUCACAAACAGUUUUAUAUCGGCAAGUCGCCUGAUACCUUCUGCCCGAUGGGUCCAAUCGCUGUACCAGCAUCAAAACUUGAUAAAGUUUUGCGAAUUCAGACGCAUGUCAACGGAGAGCUACGACAAAACGCAACGACAGAUGAUCUCAUAUUCUCGAUUCCAUUCUUGAUCAAGACCAUGUCCGAAGGGCAGACAUUAAUGCCAGGCGAUGUCCUUGCCACAGGGACUCCCGCUGGUGUUGGUAUCGGAAAGAAUCCGCCAGCAUAUCUUAAUUCCGGAGAUACUGUGGCCGUGUCAGUGAACGGCCUAGGUACAUUAACAAACCGCAUUGGGGAUCUAAGAUACGCCAAUCCUAUCAUGAGUCGAGUUGCAAACUUGUCUCACAUAAAAGAUAACAAUGUAUCCAAAAGCAUUGACCCCACACUAUUGACGCAGAUCAAUGACAAGCUUCUCUACUACAAGAAGCUAGGCAAAGACUCGGGCCCUCCGGUUGUUUGCGUGCAUGGCCUUGGAGGAAGUUCAGAGUGUUGGGUGCCACUCAUUCAGUCGUUGGGUAUUGCCAACUCACAUUCUCUACACAUAUUCGAUUUUGAGGGUCACGGUCUAUCACCGACAUCCCCUCUUAGCAAACUUUCCAUCGAAUCCCUUGCAACAGAUCUGGAUGGUGUAUUUGAGGCAGGAAACAUCACAUCCAAAGCCACGCUCGUGGCACACUCCAUGGGAUGCUUGAUCGCGAUCAAAUUUGCGCUGACGCAUCCUGACAAGGUUUCAAAGCUGGUCCUCAUUGGUCCUCCACCCUCGCCACUCCCUCCUGUCGACAGGGUCGCUGCAUAUCAACUAGCUGAGGCUGUGCGCAUAAAGGGCGUUAUAUCCAUUGUUGACGACGCGGUACAUGUUGCCACAUCCAAGAAGACCAGGACCUCGAACCCGCUUGCUAUAGCAGCGGUACGAAUGUCACUGCUUGGCCAGGAUCCUGAGGGCUACGCAAAAGCUUGUGCAGCGCUUGCCGGCGCACCCCAUCUUGACUUUUCUGCGAUUCAAGCAAAGACUCUGCUUAUCACUGGAAGUGAGGAUAAGACUUCACCUCCGCUGUUGUGCGAGACUUAUGUCAAAGAAAUGAAUGGAGAGGCGAGCCUGCAAAUAUUGGAAGGGGUGGGCCAUUGGCAUGUUUUGGAGGAUUUGGAAGGUGUAAAAACUGUUAUUCGAGAGUAUCUCAGAUAA